ACUCAAGAAGGCGAAGAAGGAGACCGCACGCCUUCGUGAGUUCCGCUCGCAGCAUAAGACACGCAAGUAA